CCAAAAUGUCAAGCAUCAUUGAGUUUCGUAAACAACACAACUACAUUGUCUUUGUAGCCAUACAAUGGCACCAUCAAGAGCCCUUCUCCGGCGCAUCACCACGUCUGCACAACCGCGUCCCACACGAUAUAUACGCCCCGCUGCGCGCCUCAUAUCUACAUCGGUAGCUAGGCCAAAAUGUAGCGCUUCAAUCUGUGCUUCCCAAAUAAGCCAGCCGCAUCAUACCCGUUUCCUCGCAACGUCUAUUCGAUCAUAUUCACAACAAGCAACAACUGGGCCAGUGGCACCAGAUUAUCUGAACGAGGCAGAACUACAUGUCUUCAAUAAGAUCAAGGGAGAACUAGACCCGGUGAAACUAGAGGUACAAGACAUAAGCGGUGGAUGCGGAUCCAUGUACGCCAUUGAGAUCGAGUCACCCAAGUUCGCAGGCUUGACGGUGAUCAAGCAACAUAAGCUUGUCAAUGAGGUGCUCAAGGAGGAGAUCGCAAAAUGGCACGGUGUACAACUAAGGACGAGAGCCGCAUGAGAUAUACAAGAGACGCAAUGUCAGCGUACGACGUUGGGCAUACAUCAACAUUGUAAAAUAUCUGUAUCAUGAGCAUGAGCUACGGUAAUCUACCAGCAGUAGACAAGAUAAGAUUGACGUCAACAUGGAGUCUCAGAUUAAAUUCUAUACUGAGUUGGAUGUCUCGA